CAAAACAUGAACGCCUGUCCCAAAGCUUUUUGUGGAAGCGGAAUACUCAAGCUGUGCUUCUUGAGCGAGCGCACCGAUCCGCAUAAGAGACAACGACCUGUCAAUCGGGAUUGUACUCUAGUUGCGCAGACACCAAUGAGCAUGCAGGUGAACACCUUGCGCUUUGAGAGCGAGGUGUCGGGAUCAAUCAAGUCGGGAUCGGUAUAGAGGACUUGAGGCUGCAAUGUAGAGGUGAGAUCGCCCGCACACAACUUGCAACCGCAACACACUCGACGGUCAUUUUGCUCGAGGUUCGAUCUGAGCGGAAUGGAGUUUGGGUGAACAUCGCACAUCGAUCGAGCUUCAAUAUAUCUGCGCUACAGUGGUCUCAGGCGGGUUUGGAAUCAUGAGAAAGCAUCUACGCUACAACCACUUACACUUUAUUGCGAGUCCGUUGAUAGGCGAAAAUCAGGGCAAAUGGGCGCAGAGCCUACGCCUGCGUAGACAAAGCCUCGUGUAUGGGACUCGUAGCGGGACGCCGCAGCGGUUUCGACGACGCUCAGGGACGUGGUAUAUGCACCAACAUCGCACGAUUGGCGGACCCAACACACUCAACAUGGUCGCCCCAUCAAUUCGACUUUGUUGCUCGCCUCUCGGUCAGACCGCAAUCCUGAUUGGCAUUUGCUGGACGAAGGUUAUCUCGACAGUCUACUCCCAAGGCGUCCUAAUGACUUGGAGACACAUGCAUGCCUAUGUAUGGUCGUCAAACAAUGAUGCGCGGUGCCUGCAUGGGAGAGGUGACCGACGAACAGCUCAUCGUCACAAGGCCCAUUGCUUGGGAGGUAACCCUCUCCAUACGGGCCAGUCGUGAAUGGGAUGGAAGAGAGUGUCGGUGGGAUGAUUAUUCGCGCACCUGAGGCACCUAGACAGCAGCUGCCAGCCAGAUGAUGAAAAGCAGGUUCCAAGCCUUGUACAGGACAACUUCAUUUCGCACGUGGAGACAGACACUGCAACCCAAGGUAGGGCGGCGGAUCAAUCUGCGCUCGCCCUCCAGCAUCCGCGCCCCUGCGAUUAGAAGCAUCGCAACAAUUAGGCACAUCUGGUCGCCUGCAGUCACACUCUCAAAUGAUGACGACUGGUGCUUUGCCGAGAUGUCAGGAUCCCGGACCACUCUCUCUAAUCGCUCCGUUGCGGUGUCCGGCCGGGCGACCUGGCGCGACAAUCUACAGAGGAAAUGGCGACAGAUGACUCGCGACUUGAAGCGCUACGGUGUCGCGAUCGCGCCUGCACGGACACUUCAUCCCUCGCUUUUGCCACUCGCUGCGCUGGAAUUGACCGGGCGGGAGCUCAUGGGCGUCAUGCAGGCACAGCUCAUUCACGUUGACUCAUUCGUGAUGUGGAUUCAUGAAUUUGUCGCAUAUGUGGCAGACGCUUCAAAGGAGCAGCGCGGCAUCGGCGCUCCGUCGUGUUGAAUCUGUUAUCAGCAGGUCCUUCACACGCAGGCACUUCGCCUCUGAAACCAGAUCGCAACUCUCGUCGGACGGCGCCGUCGUCUCUCGAUCGUUUCGCACGACAUUGGGAGCUAUAGGCCUCUGACGCGAAGCAAGGACUCCUCACCCUCAUUUCCGAGGACGACACAUCUGCAGGAGCAACAGCCGAUUCACGAGCCCAGGCCUCGGAAUUUGCACUCGCUCGCACCAAAUGCUCCCGUGAUGGUGCUCCUCUCCUGCUAUGCCCUGGAUGAAGCUCAAAUGAAAUCACAAUGCGCGACCAGCAUACGCCCAUAAUUAGGUCUCAGUGCCAGUCUGCUCGAUGCAGCAUAUGGCGCAGUCACACGGGCGCAAGCCACAGCGAUGGGACCACUCGUGCUCCAUUGCCCGCCAUGGCUACCCAUACGCUUGACUGACACGAGACCAGCCAGACUCGACGCACAUUCACAGCGGACUCGCGACUGAUGGCACCUUUCUUCACGACUCACGACUCACGACUCUGACAUCAGCUAUAGGCAUAUGUGCAGUCUGCGCCCAGCUCGUGCUGAGCCAAAAUUCCAGUCUGCGUACAUUGCGGUACACAAGUCGGAUUGGAAAUACUUGCGCACAGUCCACGCACUCAGACUCGUGACUUCACUUCAACGUGUUUAAGCUAGAAAUUGCCUUCACUCUUCUGCUGCACGCCCAAUCAGCCAAAGGCAGGAAUCGUGAUUGCACGGCAGCACGACUCACACUCGAUGUCGUCGCUUCAUUAAUUUUGCGUGCUUGCGCUUGGGCUGUAGAGGCGUCUAUAAAAUUGCGGCACCCUCUUACCGCCGACACACGCACCCCUCUCCGUGGUUCCCACAUCAACGCAAUCUUUCCUCUACCCACCACCUGCCCUCUCAAUCCUGCUUCGGGCGCACCUCAACAAUUCGCUUGAUUUAUUCGACCUAAGCUAUAAGUCUAGCUCCUCUGCCUGCCUCGUCUCUGGCUUCUCUCCCCAGCUCCGACCUCUGUACUUCGCCCCCGACUUGCCUUUCGCCCCACCCUCGCCACCACACCGUGUCGUCAGCAUCUUGCCCCGAUCACACUCCCAUCACUCACUCAGAACUUUCCCCGCCUUGCUCAGACCUCCUUGCCACCUCUGACUAGUCCGACGAGAUCAAGCGCUCGUUCCCCAA